AUGAUAAAAGGUGGGAAGACCUCAGACUCUGUAUCCGCUCUAGCUUCAUAUACCCCAACCCUUGAGGUAAGAUCCACGAAUACCCGAUCCAAAGAGCAGGCAGUGGAGUCUGUUUUACUCGAGUUGAGUGAGCUAGGUGCUGGAGUUAGCUGGUUAGCUCGAGUGAGAUACGUGGUUUAUCGAGGUGAGGGACUCUGGCCCCGGGUCCUUCCUUUCUAUUCCUCGGUAAGCGGACCGUGGGAGCAUGGGGGGGCGGUUCCUUCUCCACAGAGCAAAAGUAUGCGGGAUGUGUAUUCUCCGAAAGCGAAUGUCGGCGAAUCGUCUGAUUCUUUCGGACGGAGAAGAGUUGCCAAUAUAAGUGCGCCGAGUUCGAAGGGCAACAGCCCGAAGACUCAAAGUCCUGAGACUGAGACGAGGAAAAUGGCCGAUCGGGAGGGGGCAAAACCCACUUUGACCCCGCUCCUCAAUCAAUCUUUUUUUGUUUCCGAUCCGGUUGGUGUUCCAACAUCCUAUGGGCGAAGGUUUACUCGCUUCUCGAUCUUCCACUUGUCAACAGAAAAGGAGAACUCGAGUAAAGGUAGGCCCGGGGCUCUUUCCUUUUCCCAGCCUAGCGCGCUCAAUCAGUUAAUUCAGUUGGUCAGUUCGAAUCCUGCUCUUGAAGAGGAUAGUAUUUCCGGCCUGGAGAGCAUAUUCAUCAGCCGGAAGACAGGAAGAGAAAGAGCCUAUCAGGAAGCUCUACAGCUCGAGAGUAUAGUACAUCAAGUUAAGAUCAUAUGCAGCCGCUUCACUACAACUGAUCCACCAUCCCCGUGGACGCUAUGUUCAAACUCGGUCCUUUUCUUUCCCCUACCCGAUGACUCGCUCGAACUAUUGGAAGACUUUUGGGAAGAAAUCUAUAAUCUUUAUGUCUUGCUGAUCUUGCUAGCUAGCCCCAGCUUCCUAGAAAAACUACAGCUUGUCCUGUGCUUGAUAAUGUCUGAUUCCUGUCUUCUCUCUUCUAUCUAUGUUAUCAUAGCUAGGGUCCCGAAGCAAAGCGAGGAAAUUGAGAGAGUAGAUUGUCAGCGGUGUAUGUGCAGGACAAUCCAAUCGGUUAGGCUGGGCUGGGAUACCCAUAUAGUCGCCGGGCUUAGAACAUGGCUCUUCAGUGUCUAUACAAAGCCCUUCUCUUCUUCUCUUCACUCAAAGAGGCAAUGCAACCUUUCUUUGAAUGGGUGUCACGAGAUACGGAGCGUUCUAAUCGAAGAGUCAUACCUCUCGGACAGGAAGUGGAAAUCUCAUCUUAGGACGAGACCCCGGAACAUUCUUACUGAGGCGGAUCUACGGACCAUCUCUUGUCCAGUAGCCAUGAUGACUGGAGAGCGAGAGGGUGUGGACGAGACUCCAACAAUUUAUCCAGUAGCCGCUUUUUUCCCCUUUGAUAGGACUAGAGCCGAUCAUACCUUAGGGAGCUCUAUUCCCGGUAGUAAUAGCGUAGCACUUGUUGCGAAGCGAGCUCAGGCGAGCAGUCAGGCCAGGCGUAUCCAUGGUAUCGCGUAUACCGGCGAUAGGACAUCAUCAACUAAGCAUCAGUUUGAUGCCGUCUACCAGUCCAAGGCGGCUUCUAUGCUUGCUCGCGUUCACCUAGUUGAGUUGGGACUUGAUGAACGAAGGGAUAAGCUUACUUUUGCCGUCAAAUGGAAAGUUAGCUCAGAGGGCAGGCGCUGGUACUAG